AAAUGUUUAUUCUGAGUCACAGCUUAGAUCAGUCAUCCACGAGGCUUCAAAUGUCCAGACAGGAGCUGGAGUGAAACAUUCAGUGAGGAGAUAGAACAGGAGCAAAGAUGGGCCGCUGCUACAUACUCGUCCUCCUUGGCCUGAUUUGUGUCACGUCAACUCUGGCAACGGUUGUCGACCCGAGAGGAAGUCGUCCAGUGGUUCCCAACACCAGAUCUGAGAAGUGCGCAACACAGAAGGAAUGGCCUUUCUGUACCGAUGACGACUGGUGGUCAAAAUGCCCAUCAGGCUGCAGGAUCCAGGGUUUGAUGGACAAGAACGACCACAACUUAAUGAAGCGGGUCGAGAAGAUUCGUAGUCUGCUGGAGCAGCACAGGUUGAAGCAUCGCUCUGCGGAUCAGGUGACCAAACAGACCUACGACUUCCUGAGAGAGAAACUCACUCUGGAGGCUGAUGGUGAUACCAACUACUUGGGUCUGGCUCAAAAUCUUCGCCAGCGAAUCACAAACAUGAAGAUGCACAUCGAUCGACAGCUCAAAAUCCUGGCGGCUCUGAAAGACAAAGUCAAGGACCAAGUGGAUGACAUGAGGAAAUUGGAGGUGGAUAUCGACAUCAAGCUCCGGUCCUGUAAAGGUUCCUGCAGAAGCUACCCUCACUACACCAUGGAGCACGAAGGCUACGUGACUCUGGACAAACAGGUGGACCAGCUGCACUCACAGACAGCUCAGAACUUUGAAUCUCUGGGAACAACGUAUGUGGUGAAGAGCGUGCCGCUGGGGGAUCCAUCUGUUGACCCCAUCCAUAAGCAAAAGAUCCUGACCGCUGGACAGCAGAAAGAUGAUGAUGUCUUCAAUGUGAAAGCUGUGCACUUGCGUCUGGAGACCGAAGGCUCCAAGUUGGCCCCAGCUACAGUCUCCAAGGUUCCAGGUACUUCAUACUCUUCUGCAACACCCGCACCACCCUCUUCCGGUUCGUCGUCAUCGUCUAAAUCCAUUACUGAGCUCGGUGGCAGCACUCACGAUUUUGGGACUGGCGGAGAUUUCGGAACACAGAGUCAUGGGUCAACCACAACCGUCAGCUGCACCAGGAACAUCAAGAGGACUGUCGUUCAAACAAAGAGUGGGCCAGAAGAGAAAGUAGAGGAGGUCAUCGAGGGUGGACCAGAGUGCCAACUCAUCGAUUUCACCAAGGGUGCCCCCUUCCCCGCCAUCACUCAGACUCACACCACCAAGACGGUCAGCCACAGCAGCUCCAAAGGCAUCAUCAUUGACGAUCCCUUUGGAGCCCACAUGGGCCUCGACCUUGGGAAGUUCAUGACGGGUGCCGUGGAGGACGACGUUCCUGAUGUCCAAGCUCGGAGCGUGAAGUCCGUACAUGUCAAGCGACAAGCUGAUUAUGUAGGAAAAGAUUGUGUUGAUGCCUUCCAGAACCACCUGAAAGGGGAGACAAACGGUGUGUUUAAGAUCAAACCCGGCGGUCCGGAUUCCACACAUGUUGUGGAGGCUUACUGCGAUCAGGAGGGCCUGAUGGGAGGGUGGUUGUUAGUUCAGCAGCGGGAGAGCGGCGCGCUCAAUUUCAACCGCACGUGGGCCGAAUACCGAGACGGCUUCGGCUCAGUCAGUCCCCAGGGGAAGGGAGAGGUAUGGCUCGGAAACCAGAACCUCCACUUGCUAACUAGUCAGGGCGAGUCCCUGCUCAAAGUGGAGCUGGAGGAUUCAAAUGGAGCCAAAGCAACUGCUGAGUACGUCAUUAGAGUUGGCGCGGAGGAGGAGGGGUUCCAGCUUAGUGUAAGUGGCUACUCUGGGGAUGCUGGCGACGCCCUAGACGCAGGGGACUCCCCCCACAGUGGGAUGAAGUUCAGCACAUUUGACAGGGACAAUGAUAAAAGUGAGCACAACUGUGCAGAAAUGUACAGCGGUGGGUGGUGGUACAACAACUGUCUGUCGGCCAACAUAAAUGGGAUUUAUCAUCUUAACAACAAAUCAAUUCCCAAUAAAAUGGUUUGUUGGAUGAAUUGCGAUCAACCUGAUUCCAACCUGAGAGCAGUGAGGAUGUACAUCCGGCCCGCUACUUUUUAGGAAUACUUUCAUUCAGUUUACUGAGAAAUAUCUGUGCAUAUCGGGGGGAUAUUUGGAAGAAUCCUGUGUGCUUGUCACGAAUGGAUCUGUCAAUAUCAGGCUGUUGCUCAAAAGGCUGUACAAAUAUUGUCUGGAUUAUCUCUCAAGUGUCAUUGACCUGCACAUUACGUCUCCAGUACUGACCUGUUUCUGGAAUAUUCGCCGCCCACACAUUUUGUACCAAAGUCAGUUGAUCAAUAAACAUGUUCACAAAAAAGAAA